AUGUCGUCCAGUCUGUUAGAAGAUGACCUGUCUUGUCCCGUGUGCUGCGACAUCUUCAAGGAUCCGGUCCUGCUGCCUUGCAGCCACAGCUUCUGCAGAGCCUGCCUGCAGCGCUUCUGGGAUAGCGGUAGCUCCCGUGCCUGUCCUGUCUGCAGAAGGAGGGCCUCCAAGAAGAGCCCCCCAUCCAACCUGGCCCUGAGGAACCUCUGCGAGGCAUUCCUUCAAGGACGAAGCCAGAAAGAAACGAGCGAAGGGAACCUCACCUGUGGUCAGCAUGGAGAGAAGCUGAAACUCUUCUGCGUGGACGACCAGCAGCCCAUCUGCGUGGUGUGCCAGGCUUCGAGGACACAUAGGGGCCAUGACUGCUCACCCACGGGGGAGGCAGCUCUGGACUGUAAGGAUAAACUCAGCUCUGCAGUGAAGACACUGAAGGACAACGUGGAUGUGAUCACCAAACUCAGGAUGACUUCAGCUUUGACCCUGGAACAUAUUAAGAGUCAAGCUCAGCAAAUAGAGAAGCGAAUAAGGGAUCAGUUCCUGGAGAUGCAUCAGUUUCUGCGUGAGGAAGAGGAAGCCAGGUUGUCUGCACUGAAGAAAGAAGAGGAGAAGAGAGUGCUGGCUGUGAAGAAUAGAGAUGAGCUCCUCAUGGGCAGGAUGUCUUCGCUCUUAGACAUUAUCAGGAGCACAGAGGAGGAAAUGGCUGCUGACGACUUGACGUUGCUGCAGAACUUCAAAUCCACCAUAGAGAGAACCCAGAGUUCACUGCAGGAUCCAGAAGGGUUUUGUGGAGCUUUAAUGGACGAGGCCAAGCACUUGAGUAACCUCAAAUUCAGAGUCUGGGAGAAGAUGCAGCGAAUUGCUCCCUACUCCCCUGUGACCCUGGACCCAAACACAGCCCACCCCUGUCUCUACCUGUCUGAUGACCUUACCUCUGUCCACUACUGCAGCCCAUGUCCUCCCCUCCCAAGCAACCCUGAGCGUUUCCACAUCAGUGCUGAAGUUCUGGGCCACACUGCCCUCUGCUCUGGCAUGCACAGCUGGGACGUGGAGGUAGGGGCCAGUGACGAUUGGAUCUUGGGGAUAGCCAGUGCCUCUGUAAAAAGGGACACUGAGGUUUCAGCACGUCCAGAGAACGGCUUCUGGACCCUAUGUCUGAGGGAUGAGGAAUACAGGGCCAUGGCGUCGCCCCCGAAGCCUUUGGCCGUCAAACGAAGGUUGCAGAUAGUCAGAGUGCAGUUGGACUGGGGUGCGGGGGAGGUGUCUUUCUCCUGUCCUGUGGAGGGAUGUACCCUACACACUUUCACGCACACAUUCACGGAAAAGGUGUUGCCAUACUUUUAUACGCAAAGCAAACACGCACUGAGGAUCGUACCAAAGCCUGUGCUUAUUUCAGUGAUGGAGAAUUGACCUCUACUGAAGACAUUAGAUUGUAAAUGACAUUAAAAUAUGCUGCUGUCACUAACAACACUGUGCUUAAAGCAAUAGUUUGAAGAAAAAUCAAGUGCACAGAGUGUUUUUCUGACCCCAAAUGUAGUUGACCAACCAAGACAUGUUAUGGGUGAAAGUUUUGCACUGGAUCCACAGUCGUAUGCAAACAAUUGGUGUGGUCAAAAGAAAUAUUUUGUCGAAUUUCUAAGUAAAUUUAAGUACAUAUCCUCUAGCAGGGCCAGAGUGGGACUUGUUUUCAUACCAGGAGUUACAUGAUGCAGACUAGCCCACCCCAAACAAACACACAAAGCACUACACUGACAUAACCAAGGUGGCUAGUUAUAAAAUGAAAACUAGUGAAAGCUUUUAUCUUAAAUGUGACGUAAUUAUGACAGUCAAUAUGCAACAAACUAAUGCAAUCUAAGUGAGUUAAAGGCAGUAUUUCUUACUGCCCACCUGCUCGGAUAUGUCCUCAUCUUUCCUGCACAGCUUAUUCAUUCUUGUCUUUUGGUGCCACCUAGUUUUUUUGCAGUUCUUGUCGCUGCUGUCCGUCUUCACAUGGUGCACAUAUGAAAACUGAUACACUGGUAAUGUACAAUAUACUAAUGAACUCUACAGAGUGCUGCAUGUUUUGUCAACCAGUACCAGAUUUACACCAUCGCAAUUAAUCUGAUAAGCUGAUCUCUCAAGGCUGAUGUUAACUUCUUAUUUGAAUUUCUGUUCCACC